AUGAUAAGCCUUUACCUAGUAGUUGUCUUAGUCUUACACUCGGAAUGCCUGGAGGAAAGUCACGACGUACAAGAGUUGUUGCCAAAGCCUGUGAUAGGGGCAUUUCUCGACGAGAGCGAAUCGACGCGACAAGCAUUUUCACUGGCUGUUCAUACGGUUAACAAGUGCACGUACGACCACAAGAUCUGCGAGAAAAUUUGUCCUACCGACUCGAAUAUCAACAAGCGUCUCUUUCACCAAGUUGAAUUCUCUACGAUGACUGCGCAGGACGACAAUGAAAUACCCGUCAUUCGACAAAAUUUUGCAAAGCUAGCAGGGAUGGAUCACAAGGACGAUACUUCGAUCAUAAAGAACGAGAAGGGUUUGUCUUUCGUGAUCGGGCCUCACGAGUCCAUAUCGUCGCUCUACGUGCAAGGUCUUUGCGAGCUCUACAAUCUACCCCAGAUCGUCAUCAGACGCGAAAACGAGCGGGAGCACAGCGCCUCUCAGACCAUCAAUCUUUAUCCGGACACCGAAACUGUCAACAACGUGUUUCUGGAUUUGAUAAAGAAAAUGGGAUGGCAGACUUUCUCAAUACUGUACGAAGACACAAAUAACUUCAUAGCUCUUCGCAAUAUACUGGCGAUGUAUCGGUACACGCACAGCGUUUACGGAAUCAAGUUGGCUGGUCAUGGAUCAAAUUACAGCGAGCCGUUAUUGAAAGCCAAGAGCUUGCAGCACAAAAGCUUUCUCAUCGACUGCGGAUUUGAUAUUUUGGACAACGUGCUGACGCAACUACAAGAAGUUGGCAUGAUGACAGGCGAUUACAGAUAUGUCAUCACAACACUGGAUCUGCACGCGAUCGACUGGCGCCAGUACCAGUAUUCUGGCGUUAACAUAAAAGGUUUCCAACUAAUAGAUUUCACCAAUCCAUUUGUCCGCGAUUUCCUGAACGAUUAUUUGGAUGUAUUUAAGAUCGAGUCUGUUGAACAGUUUCGACUCGAUGAUGCCUUAAUAUUCGACGCGGUGAUGAUGUUUGCACAUGCUUACAAAGAUCUUAGUUAUAAGAAUGGACAGUUAUUCAGUGCUACAUUUUCCAAGGAUUUCGAUAAAGAAUUCUAUCCCUGGAAGGAAGGUCUCAGUUUGAGAAAUUACUUGUUAUAUACGGAAAUUAUGGGUCUGACGGGCCCAAUAGCGAUAGACGGCGAUGGUGCUCGACGACGUUUCAAACUCGAUUUGAUGACUCUCCACGAGACGGGUCUCAAGAAACAUUGCGAAUGGAAUUUUGAAAAUUAUUUCGUCGAUUUCAGACACAAAGAGUCGCGCGAAAAGCCUCACUACAAAGUCCUCAUUACGAAUAAUCCACCUUACGCGAUGGUAGUGAAACAUUCGAGGAGCAUGGCAGGGAACGAGCGUUACGAAGGAUUGGUUGUUGAUAUAAUAAAAGAAUUGUCCAAGGCAUUGGACUUCGAUUACACGUUGAUCAUGCAUUCGAAUACGAAUAAUGGCAAUUGCAAAUGGGAAAAGCUCAGCAAUUACACAAGCUGCAUUAGUUGCGACGGCGUAACGGGAAGAGUUUUUAAUGGAGAAGUUGAUAUGGCAAUAUCGGAUUUGACGAUGACGGAAAACCGAGCGAAGUGCGUGCAGUUUUCAACGCCCUUCAUGAAUUUGGGCAUAAGCCUGUUAGUGAAGAAACCUCAGAAAGUAGUCACUCUAUUUUCCUUUCUCGCGCCUUUCCACUAUCAAGUUUGGCUGUGUAUAGCAUUGAGCACCAUUGUGAUGUCGAUCUUAUUUUUCGCCCUUGGCCGUCUUUGCCCAGCCGAAUGGACAAAUCCUUAUCCCUGCAUUGAAGAACCUAACGAACUGCAGAACCAAUUUACAUUCAACAAUGCCGUGUGGUUCACUGUGGGAGCUAUCUUGCAACAGGGUUCGGAAAUCGCACCAAUGCAA